GCGACGAUUCGAAAUGAUCAUUCCACCUGGAUUAAUUAUAACUAUAAGGUUUCAGCUCUUGACGCGGUUUUUGACAUUCCAAUGCGGUGUGUCAGCGCUUAUUCUGUGUCAAAAGAAGAAUUGUGGACAAUUGUAGAGUAAAAUAUGGGUAAUGGAGCUCAAUCAAGGCCUGGAAACCCCACGAAUAUACAGCCAGCUAAUGAUUUCAUAAGAUCACAACGAAGUUGUGAUAUGAACGGUUAUGUCGCUAAUGGUGGUGAGACGAAUCACGGCAUAUUUCAACCCUACGAUGGUGUUCAAUCUCAGCAUUUUGCUUCACCUUUCAUUAGAAAUGAACCUUCAUCUUAUCAUUCCGGUCCAUAUGACUCAGCUGAUCAUUUCGAUGACUACGAAGUAGACAUGAGUAUCGAGCGUGCGGUUGCUCCGCAUUCCCGAUCAUGUUCCCAAUCGUAUCGCGGGAUGGACAGACCAGACGGGCCAGUUUAUCGUUCAACUUCAAAAGGAGUUUAUGAACAGUCAAAAAUCGGGAAUAGAAAUCGAUUAGCCGACCAGGCAGGAGGGAUAUCAAAUUCAACUUCUGAUGACAUUGUAUUUGAGGUCUUUCAUUGCCUAAAGACGGGAAAAGAUUACAGUGUGAUAAAUUUGGAAGGUCAAAGGUAUUUCGUCGACUCUUGGAAUUCAGGUAAUGAGUUGCAGCCAUUUCCUGAGGAGUGGUACCAACACGGUUACAUAGAGAGUGACCAAAGACUAGAAACAGGAGAGUAUGGAUAUGAUGACACAGCUCAUGGUGCUGCUAUGCAGUCACAAAGUGCUUGGGUACCAAGAUGGAAAGAUGAUCGCAUGGGGUUGAUGGAACAUCCAUCUAGAGGACUAUUGACUACGUACUUUGAAGAAACUAAGUUGAAUGUACUAAGUGUUUACGACCAACAUUCUGGCACAUGGUUGAAGAUGCCUCUGUCAUGGGAGAUGUAUGUACCAGAUGUAAAAUCGCGGCUGGUGACCAUUCAGGAGACAUUUCCAUAUUGGACCGAUACCUCUGAGAUACUUGCGUUGUUGAGACAGUGUAAUUAUGAUCUUGAUGAGGUCCUUAACACUUACAUGACGCUGUUUGAGGACGCGAAUCCCACUGAAGAGAAGACUCCUUUGAAGCUUGCAAAUAGCUCUGCGAUUAGUAAAGAGCAAGCAGUGGAGAUGGAAGGCUUGACGAAAAGAAUUGGACAGCUAGAGGAGCAACUCCGAGAUAAAGAUUCUCAGUUGCAAGAGUCCCAAAGGAAGAAUUUGGACUUACAAGAAAAGCUUAGAUCAGCAGAAGAACUAGCAAGAAAACUUCAGAUCAAAGGGACAAGUUUACAACGGGAGAUUCAGCAGCUUAAAUCUGCGCAAACACAACCUCAACAACCAGUUGUGGCAACGAUUGCCGUGGCGACUCCUAAAGAGAAGAGGGUUUCUAAGGAUACUUGUCUGAAUAUCAAGUCCUCUAUUAAAUUCUUUUCUGAGAAGUUAGCGGAAUUGCGGAAUUGUUUUUCAAGCGAAAUGGAUGGACUUUAUUCAGUUUUAAAUCAGGCGCAAGGGUCUUUGCGUAAGAUGAAACAACAAAACCAAGGCUCUAGCAAGGAACUGAUAGAACUGCGCGCCUUGUACCAUAAAGAGAUACUCGAAAGAAAACUUUUGUACAAUAAACUCCAAGAACUCCGCGGUAACAUCAGAGUAUUCUGUAGAUGCAGAUUUGAUCCUAAUGCAGAUGAUGUACUUAAUUUCUCCACGGACCAAGACAUAAGUUUGGUAUCAGCAAUGGGACAGAAAAAGUCCUUCAGAUUUGACCGAGUUUUUUUUCCAACCAGUACUCAGGAAGAGGUCUUUCAAGACACUCUUCCUCUUAUUACGUCAUGUGUUGAUGGGUACAAUGUUUGUAUCAUGGCUUACGGUCAAACAGGCUCAGGGAAAACGUACACAAUGAUGGGGACAAACGAAGAUCCCGGAGUAAAUAUCAGAUCGAUUCUGGAACUCCUUCGGGUAUGCGACGAACGAACCACCGUGGACUAUACUAUGUGUGUUUCUAUGGUGGAAGUUUAUAACGAAACAGUGAGGGAUCUGCUCAGUGAGAGUGGAAGCUCACAACAACUGACCAUUCAGAUGAGGAACAAACAACUGGUCAUUACUGAUGUCACUGAAGCUAAUGUCAAGUCUGCUGCAGAUAUCAAAGGCAUCAUGGAAAAGGGUGACUCGAACCGUUCAGUGGGUGCUACCAAAAUGAACACAAACAGCUCCCGCUCCCAUUUGUUACUCCUCUUGAAGCUUCAUGGCACAGAUCGCGUGACAAAUGCCGUCACGCGCGGUACGCUGACCCUUGUAGACCUUGCUGGCUCAGAGAGGAUCUCCAAAACUGAAGCCACAGGACAAAGGCUCGUGGAAGCAGCAGCUAUCAACAAAUCUCUUUCAGCGCUGGGUCAAGUAUUUGCAGCGUUAAGAACGAAUGCAAUGCACGUACCUUACAGAAACUCUAAGUUGACUCAAUUAAUGCAGAGCUCUCUUGGGGGGGACGGUAAGGCGUGUUUGUUUGUUAAUGUUAGCCCGCUCGCCAGUAACCUUAGCGAGACAGCGAGCACGUUACAGUUUGGAUCAGCGGCUAAGCAAGUUGAACUUGGAAAGGCCAAACAGAACAUUACCUAAGCACCAAAGAAAAACUAACCGGAUAAAAUUAAGAGUUUAAAUCAACAAGGACUGAUUGACAUCCAAAUAUCUAUCGAUCCUUGAGUGUUCCUAGACCAGCUUACCGAAGGUUUCAACGACUUCACGAGCCCUGAGCCUUCUGAUAAUAUCUUAAUAUUAGAGUAGGGCAGAUCUUGGCUCAAAAAUCAGUCAGUUCUGUUUUGUUUCCUUUUAUUUACACUUUUCAAAUUUCAAAACUCUUAGGCCGGUUAUUUACACGAGGUCCAACCCAAAACGCGGUUUUACGCAAGCAGUGAGUCUCAGGAAUUUUCUUGAAGAGGGUUAAUUUAAUUUAAUAAAUUUCCUCUACUAUUAGCUUCACAAAGAUAAAUAUUCAGAUAAAAGGUUUGGCUAAACUGAAGAUGGCUUAGAACGUAGUUUUGUUAAACAACGGCUAAACUUUGUUUAAAUAACAAGCCCUUAAUGAACCGAUCUUGAAUUUAAACACAGCAAACAAAAAGCUGAGCCUUUCAGGGUCGGUAACUCCCGCAACUUUCUAGAAACGAGUCCUUGAAGGGGAAUAACUAGCCAAACAGUUUUUAAAGUUAAAAAUUUAUUUUCCUACCGUUAACCCAUUCACUCCCAAGAUCUAAAGAUAAACUCUCGCUACUGUCUGCCUUACAUUUCUUAUGAUUUUAGCAUUGAGAAUUUUUUGUUGAAUCUAAAAAUAUUCUGCAAUGUAUAUAUUUUUGAUCUUAUCACCUCUCUGCUUAAAGACAUAUCGGCAGUGUUGGGGGAAAUUUCUCAUCGGUCACACCCAGGAGUGAAAGGGUUAAUUUGGGAAGCAGGUGUAUUUUUAUUAAAAGCGUUUCGUGUUUUUAUGAUGUAUUAUUCCUUCUAAAAAUUUAUAGCGUGGAUAUUGAUUUUUAUAACAAACAUCGAAAAGAUUUGGAUUCAACAAUAAUUUAUUAUUAUCCGCCGCAAAUAUGACAAGAUAAAAACUAUAUUUUACAACAUAGAAAAUGCCAGCAGGUUGA